AUGCCCAAGGCCACUACUCCCACCGCCUCGCGGCACCCGCGACGACACAACCCUCUUGAGGAUGAUAUCACAGCCACUGGAAUUCUCAAGAACAAGCCUUCCAAGAAGCGAUCAAAAGGCGACGGCAAUGACGAAGAAGCCUUUGUCGACGAUCGCGCUUCCAGGACCAUCUUGCGCAUAGGUCGCGAGUUGGCCGAGGAGGAAAACGCUGGCAAGGCUGUAGCCAAACCGACCGCCGACAGCUUCGGCUACGACUCGCGAUUUGACAUCGAGGCUGAGGAGGAGAACAAGGUUUACGAUGACGAUGAAGCUUGGGGCGAGGAUGAUGAGGUUGUGGAAGAGGUCGAAGUCGAUCCCAAUGAUCUCGACAUGUACCGAAAGUUCAUGCCUGAUGAGGAAGAGGAUGAGCUGUUGAAGCAUGGCUGGGACCUUAAGCCUACAGGAGAGGAGCAAGGCGACAGUGUCAACCUCGCAGAUCUCAUUCUGGAGAAGAUUGCUGCCCACGAGGCGGCGCAAGAGAGGCGAGAGAACAACUUGGGGCCUCCCGAUGAGGACCAAUAUGAGCUCCCUCCCAAGGUUAUCGAGGUUUACACCAAGGUUGGCCAAAUUCUCUCUCGAUACAAGUCCGGUCCUCUGCCCAAGCCUUUCAAGAUCCUUCCCACGAUCCCUCACUGGGAAGACAUUCUCGCUGUAACCGAGCCCGAAAAGUGGUCUACCAACGCUUGUUACCAAGCAACAAGGAUCUUCGUUUCUAGCAAGCCUCAUGUGGUCCAACGAUUCCUGGAAAUGGUUAUCCUCGACCGUGUUCGUGAAGACAUCUACGAAACCAAGAAGCUCAACAUCCACUUGUUCAACUCACUGAAGAAGGGUCUUUACAAGCCUGCUGCGUUUUUCAAGGGUUUCUUAUUCCCUCUCGUUGGUAGUGGAACAUGUACGCUCCGAGAAGCGCACAUUAUCUCUGCCGUUUUGGUCAGAAUUUCUAUUCCCGUUCUUCACUCAGCCGCCGCUCUUAAGGGUUUGUGUGAUAUUGCCGCUCAGGAGGCGUCGCACGGCACAGAGGGCGGAGGUGCCACCAACAUCUUCAUCAAGGCUCUGCUGGAGAAGAAGUACGCGCUACCUUUCCAGGUUAUCGACGCUCUGGUUUUCCACUUCCUGCGAUUCCGCAGUGUCGACCCCGCCUCUGUUCGGGCUGGCGAUACUAUGUCAGGGUACGCCGAGGGAGACGCCAGGAUAAAGUUGCCUGUUAUCUGGCAUCAGAGUCUGCUUGCGUUUGCUCAGCGUUAUAAGGGUGAUGUUACAGAAGAUCAGCGUGAGGCUCUUCUGGAUCUCCUCCUGACACACGGCCACCCAGCUAUCGGACCUGAGGUGAGAAGAGAGCUUCUGGCUGGCCGAGGACGUGGCGUGCCGAUGGAGCAAGAGGGUCCGGCAAUGGACGGCGACGACACAAUGCUCAUUGACUAA